AUGGCGAAAGCGAAGAUUAACCAGAAAAUGGGACCAGUUGUUGAGUUGCCUGAAUGUCCGGUUUGCUUGGACACCAUGUCAGCACCAAUAUUCCAAUGUCAAUCCGGUCACAGUCUAUGCAACACUUGUACCCAGGCUUUGGUGCCUCCCUUGUGUCCUUUAUGCCGUCAGGCAAUGACUCAAGUGAGAAAUUGGUCGCUCGAGGAUUUGUUAUUGAAGGCUACUAAAAACUGUCCGAAUAGGGUCAUAGGUUGUACUUAUACAACUGUUGCAUCAAAUAUGGAAAAUCAUAUUAAAGAAUGUAUUUAUCGGGAGAUGACUUGCCCUCUUCAUGUAUUUGGCAGAUGUUCCUGGUCAGGAAAACUAAAAGAAAUGUUAGAUCACUUUAAGGAACGCCAUCCUCAGAAUUUGAUUAUGACCACAGGUGAGAAACUGACCAUUGAUAAUCUCAACAUUAAUGAAGAUGACCGCUUCAUGUACAUUAUGCCACAAGGAAAAAUGAUGUUCAUAGUAACAUUGAAAAUUGAUAUUAGCUUGAAAUUAGCAUUUUUUGCUGUACAACUUAUAGGUUGUAACAAAAUUGCUCAACAACAUGUUUAUGAACUAAGUAUAAUUAGUUCUCAAGACAAGGAACGAAAAGUCAAUUAUUUUGAUCAUUGCUUUAGUGAUGCAAUGGAAACAAAAGAGAUUUUCCAACAAUCCAAAUGUUGUGUUAUGCCUCUUAGCAUGCUGGGAACUUUCAUUAACAAAAAAUCAGUAUCAUUCUCUUUGAAUGUGCAAAGAAUGAGACCAAACUAUCAAAAGGAUCCAAAUAAAAAUGUACAUCCAGUUAAUCCGAAUGUUGCUAAGAAUCGUCAAAAUUUUAGAGGUAAAAGUCCCUCGGCUGUAGCUCAUGGUCCAAAUGGACCCAAAGGUCCAUGGAAGAAACAUAAUAAUCCAAAAAAAUAA